CUUAAAUUUGUAACAAAAGCUCAAUGUAAUAUAGCAAUUAAUAAACUAAAUAAAUUGUAUCGAAUUGAGCAAGCUGCUAUUAUUGAAGAAUCAAAUAAUGAUUUAUAUGUUAGCUCAUCUGGAUCAUUAGUUACAAAUGAACCUUCAAGUACUAGUACUAAUCAAAUUAAUUAUUCUUUACUUGAAAUAUAUAAAGAUUCAGAUGAUAAAAGUAGUAUUUCUGAUGAAGUUGCUCAAUACUUAGCUUUACUAAAAGUAUCUCUAAAUUAUAAUGUACUAGAAUAA